UUCCUGCGGCUGCCGCGGCGCGGGGCAUGGGGUGCUGAUGGCCAUGGACGGCUACCGGGGUUCCCUGGGGCUGCUGGUGUCGCCGCUGCUGGUCGGCUUCCUGUCGGUCAUCUUCACCCUCAUCUGGGUCCUCCACUACCGCGAGGGGCUCGGCUGGGACGGGAAAGCGCCCGAGUUUAACUGGCACCCGGUGCUCGCGGUCACCGGCUUCAUCUUCAUCCAGGGCAUCGCCAUCAUUGUAUACAGACUGCCAUGGACCUGGAAAUGCAGCAAGCUCCUGAUGAAAUCCAUCCACGCGGGGUUACACUUCGUUGCAGCCAUUCUUGCCAUUAUUUCUCUGGUGGCUGUCUUUGAUUUCCACAAUACGCUGAACAUCCCCAAUAUGUACAGUCUACAUAGCUGGAUUGGACUGACAGCUGUCAUACUCUUCAUGUCACAGCUUCUCCUAGGUUUUUUCGUCUUUCUGCUUCCUUGGGCUCCACUUUCUCUCCGAACAUUUCUCAUGCCCCUACAUGCUCAUUCUGGAGUUGUCAUCUUUGGAACAGUGAUUGUAACAGCCCUCAUGGGAGUGACUGAGAAACUGAUAUUUGCCCUGAAAACACCUGGCUAUGAUACAUUCCCACCAGAAGGUGUUUUUGCAAAUACCCUGGGCCUUCUGAUUCUGGUGUUUGGGGCCCUCGUGUUUUGGAUAGUCACCAGACCACAGUGGAAACGUCCUAAAGAACCAGCUUCUGUCCGCCUUCAGCCAAACGGAGGCACUCCAGAGGGAGUGGAAGGCUCCAUGGCAAUCAACUUUGGCAACACGGACAAAUCAGACUCAGAGUUAAACAAUGAAGCAGCAGCCAGGAAAAGAAACGUUGCCCUUGACGAGAGUGGUCAGAAGUCCACCAUGUAAGAUGUAGAGGUGUAGUCGUGUAACUUUGCUUUUAAAAAACUAGCCCUACAGUUUAGCGUCUCCUAUUUAGCCAUAAGAUGAUUGAGCUCCAUAGAGUUUAUAUUGUUUUAAUCAUAAAGUAGGAUUUCUUGAAAGAGUUGGUACUGAUCGAGGCCUAUGAACUUACCUGCAUUGGAAAGGAGAUGGUCAGUGUAAAUGAUAGCAGCUAUAAACUGUGGUUCUGUUACCGCUUGUUGAGGGCCAAAGCAUCCUGUGCCUUGCAGAGCGCAGAUGCUCACACUGCAUCUGUCAGUUGGUAAAUCUGAUAAAGGGCAGCCCCGGAAGUUCUUCCAAAACUCAACUUAGUCCCAAGGCUUCCCUGGGGUUUGGCGUAUUUUAUGAUCCAGAUUCCAAACCCAAUUAAAUCAAGAAUGUGCCUGAAUUCUUAAGCAGCACCAACUGCUCUACAAACCUCACAGAGCACUUUUUCUCCAGUUUCUGUUUUUAUUUUAUUUUUUUAAAGUAGUUGCAUGGCACUUACUGUGUGCCAGGCGCUAUUCUAAGCACUUUAUAGAUAUUAGCUCAUUCGAUCUCCAGACAAACCUUAUGAGGUAGGGACUAUGAUUAUCUUCAUUUUACAGAUGAAAGAUCUGAAGCUUGAACUGGUUAGUAACUUGCCCCAACGUCGUAAGUGGUGGAACCAAGAUUCAAAACCUGCCGGUCUGGCUCCUCAGUCCAUGAGUCUCACCACUUCACGAUGCCAUUUUUUUCUGUUUUAUACUAAUCUGCACCUACUUUGACCCUCCCCUGAAUAAAUUUCUGUUGCUGGAGUGCAGUGGCAUGGUUAAUGGUUACCUUCCGGCUCUUUUUGCCAAAAUUCCUCAGAUAACCAAGGAAAAGGGCCUGGAAAUAGGUCCUGGGUGCCCUUCCCCGGCCAACAAGCCACGGUUUACCUUGAUGCCUCUUUGUUCUUAAAAUUGCGUCUUGAUGACAGAGGAAGUUUGGGCAAGAACACCUGUAGCUUUCAAGAUAAUCAAUUGAGAUUUUUGUUCUUUACGAUCUUAGCUGCUGGACAGUUUUCAGUUUGAAGAUGGGAGAGAGAGACUUACCUCAGGGUCUGCCCUUCUUAGGGGCAGCAGCUGGGGUCCUUCCAGACUUGCCUGGAAUUUUAGGGGAUACCUUGAGCUUUGCGUUCUCAGUCGUGAAUUGCGACUCAGAGGUGACAACCUUCAUGCAUGGAGACCUCUCGGGGCUGACUUAAACUAAAACCUAGAGCAGUGUCUAUGCUGAAGUGAUGGUUUUCAUGUGCGGGUCGAUUUUCGGUUUCCCUGCAAUGUUAAACUGGAGCACUUUAAGAAGGAUAAAAACCUUACAGUUUUACAGCAAAUACACUUGACUUUUUUAGUGCUUAGUGGAUUUCCUCUUAGGAUAACUGGUAAUUACUUCUAUAGAUUGAAUAUUGAAUACACUCCACCACAUCCCUUAAGCUUCAUGGAUAACCAUUCAAAAUCCCCUCUCUGAAACACUGUUUUCUUAUGUAAUUCUGUUUCCAAAAUUGGUAA